AUGGACUACACACUGGAGACCAGCCAGCAAAAGGAGAAGCUUCUGAAAACCAUCUACAGCCUCCAGCUGAAGUCAUUUGCCACACUGCAGGCAGCCAGCCCACUGCUGAGCCGCCAGCGUGGCAUGGGCAUGGUGACACAGCACCAAGUCCACCAGCUGGCAGAUAAGGCCAAAAGCCUGUGUGGAGAUCUGGACAACAUCAAGAACCUCCUCCGCUACUGCCAGGAUGACCUGGUCCAGCGGAUCCCCAACCCCACGGGCAGCUGCUAUGGGGGUGUACGCGGCGUCCACUGCUCCCGGGAUGGCUCCAUCUAUGUGACAGCUGAGAGUGCUCCUUGGGUUCACGUCCUCAGCAGCACAGGCCACAUGCUGCAGGCCCUGCCUUGCCAGCAAACCGGGAAGGGAGGUGGCACUUUCUUGCCAGAAGAUGUGACUGUGACUCACUCGGGAAUGGUGGCUGUAGCCGACAUGGUGAGUGAAGCCAUCUGGGUCUUCAACCCUCACAGUGGCCACUCCAAGGGGGAAUGGAUAAAGAUCAGAAAUGUUGGUUCCCCCAGGGGUAUUGGAGUAGACUCCAUGGAAAAGAUCCUGGUAGCAGACUAUGCACAAGGCCAAGUGCACAGCUUUGCUCUGGACCAUGCCUUCAAGAUGCUCAAUGUCCACUCAGUCCCCAACCUGCAGGGCCCUCGCUACAUCAGUCCAGCACUCAACGGAGGCUUCGUGGUGAGCGAGGAGUGUGGAGACGUCAAGGUCUUCACGAACAGCCGUAAGCUCCUCUGCUCCCUCAGCAGCAAAUACAAGCACCAUUUUGGUAACCCUGCUGGGGUGUGUGUGGACAUGGAUGGCAGCAUCCUGGUGGCAGAUGAGCAGCACCGAACAGUCCACUUGUUCCCAAAGCAUGGAUCUCCGAUCUGCCUGGUGUCCUCAGGGCUGAGGAGGCCUGCUGGCAUGGCUUGCUCCUCCUUCGGGCACCUCUUCGUGGCAGACACAGGAGACAACUGUGUCAAAGUCUUUAAGUACCGUGUGAGGGCCCCUUAG